AGUACCCUCCAAUAAGUAUUAAUUGAAUAUGGUGCUUGCAAGCAUAUUCAAUCUUUUCACCUUUGCAAAACCCAUUUGAGCUGGGUAUGCAUUAAAAUGUUAACUUAAAAAGCAAUCUCAUUAGUUGGAUGACGUAUUGUAGUAUCCAUUGUUUGAGUUUCCUUUUACUUGAAGCAAUCAAAGUAGCAUGAAUUAGUACAGACAUUAAAAAAAAUAAUACAAACACUCCCUUUAUUGUGGAUAGCUGGUACCCAGCCAGAUCCACUUAUACUUAAGUAUAGUGGCAGCUGUCCUGUUUAAGGCAUGUUUAGAGUGAAAUGAAUUCUGUUAAAUGCUACCAUUUACCUCAGUGAUUGUAUUAGAUUUAGGAUUUGAAAUAAACUUCAGUGAAUGUGGCCAAAAGAAGAAGCUACCUUAGCUUUAUAACUCUUGCUGAUUUUGAUUGCAUGUAAGCUUCCUCUACUUUUGCUGUCUUCAUCCUGAACUCUCUCCUUCUCACCCUCUCUAUCCUCCUCCCUCAGGCUUUGUGCUGUCACCAAAAUGUAAAUGUGACAGUGAAACAGAAUGUACAACAACAACAACAAUAAAAGCAGGAUUUACAUCAUUUUAUGAUAGUAUUCUAAUUGAAUAUAGGCUUCCACUGCCGGUUGAUAGCUAACAUCCUUCUGGCUUGCUCUGGAGUGCUGUUGUGCUGUAAACAAAUAAUGAAGCCCAAUUCGAGCAGAAUGGGAAUAAAAUAAACUACACUGGCUCCUUUGCUGGCAUAAAGCGAUAUGACAGUAGACUUAUGGACAGCUAAUAAUCUUUAGCACUCUAGCCUACAUCAGCUAAGGUUUGUGAUGCUAUUUAGAGAAUUUGGUGAUGAAAAUUAGGGGUGCUUGUCCCCCCACCAGAAAGGCUCCAAACCCUUUGAAAUACACUCGUAUAUAUUUGUGUGUUUGAGGUCUCAUUUAUGUUUUGGGUUUUGAGGUAUGUGCGGCUGAAAUGCAUGACUGAAUUAAAGCAACCAUACCUAUUUAUGCAUGGCCUAUCCCUUUAGUUCUUAGUGUCACAGAGAGAAAUAAUAGUCUUUACAUGUGAAUUUACUCCAUAGAGCCUUCAAAUAAAGUGAGUCACAAAGAGGCAGGUCUAGCCUGACCUUCCUCCUUUACAUAAACAGGAUUUAAAAUACACCUGGUUAAUGUUUGCUUCACACGUCAGGCCCUCCCUGUGUACGAAUUCUGCAAUAUUAUAAAAUGAGAGUGACGACGGAGACCAUGCAAAGACCCCUACAUGCACAUCUUCUCCUAAGCUCAGUCAUUUUGUGCGAUAGGUGGAGGGGGGCCUGUGUCCACUGGAUAUGGCAGAUAAGCAUUACUGUUGUGCACACCCCCUUAUGCAUAAACAAGAUGAGCAAAUUUUUUCUUGAAGUUGAAUCAUUAGUGUAGCUCUGAGGCCUUAAUAUUGCACCGAAAGGGUUUUCACACAGAAGAAUGGAUAUAGGAGAAAGAAACAUUGUAGAAAUUAUAGCAAAAGUUAUUGAAGAAGCUUCAGACACAGACGAUAACCGUGAGGUGUUGAUGGCUGGUAGGCAUUAUCCGUCAAUCCAAGAGUUUGCCUCAGCCAUCCCCAACCACCUUCUCCUCGGGUCUUUGCUCGAGCACCUGUGCUUUGUUUACGAGAGCAAUCCAGCUCGCUCACGCAUGCUGUUUAAAGUCAUAGGUCAGCGUUUAGCUGCCAUGAAUCUCCUUUCACCUCUGGCAAUAAGUGAUGAAUUCAGCACCGUCAGACUCCAACAUAACCGGGCCUUCACUGAGCUGCUUAAUGCUGCCAGCUCCUCACUCUACCCUCAGGGCCUCGGAACAAACGCACACAAUCCUUCUCUAAGCAGACCUAAGGAGGGACUGUUUCAAGCGCAGACAUCACGGUAUCUCAGUGAGUUCGAAGAAAUCUGUAGACUUGGGAAAGGAUCAUAUGGAAACGUAUUUAUGGUUAUGAACAAAUUGGAUGGACAGUAUUAUGCGAUGAAGAAAAUUCUCAUCAAAAAAGUUUCAAAGGAAGACUGUAUGAAGGUCCUUAGGGAGGUCAAAAUGUUGUCCAGCUUGCAACAUGUAAAUGUUGUGGGCUAUCACACCGCGUGGAUGGAACAUGUCCAGCCUGCAGCAUAUCCUGAGUCAAACUUGCCUGCACUAGAAUCUGCUGGACGACAGGACAGCCUUGAUGAAAGUGGGGAGAAGAACAGCAGCAGUUCCUCUAUAGUUUUUCAGAGCCACAGUCAAACACCCGCAGAGACUGCUUCAAGUGCCAAAGUACCUCAGAGAGACACGCAGCCUAUAAAAGCCUUAGUUCCCACCCAGGAGGGACAAGUGGUGUGUCCCAAGACGAUGCGUCGCAUCCCAGAGAACUAUGUCCCUUGUGUUUUUCUGGGACAGCAAGGUCCCAUUAAGGCCUCCAAGUGUCCUGCCAUGGGUUGGGACGCUUCAGCAGUUUUGGAUGAGGAGUCCAGUAGGAGUAGCAUGGAACUAAACAACAACUCCUGCAUUGACAAGGAGUGUCAUCAGUGGACUGAGAAGCGUCCAACGAGGCCUUCUAAAGAGGUGCACUUCCACCUGAUGCUUUAUAUCCAGAUGCAACUAUGUGAGCGCUCCCUAAAAGACUGGAUCUCUGAGAGGAACGCCAAGCCCAAAGAGGAACAAAUCUCAAGAUGUCCUUAUGCCUGUGUUGAUACUGAACACACGCUCAGACUGCUAAGACACAUACUUGAAGGUGUGGAGUACAUUCACUCCAAUGGAAUCAUGCACAGGGACCUGAAGCCAAGGAACAUUUUUCUUCACGGCCAUGAUUGUCAUGUUCGGAUUGGGGACUUUGGCUUGGCCUGCAGGGACAUCAUAGCGGAUGGACUCAAAAGCAACACUUCUCCUUACAGCGAUUGCAGCCAUACUUCAGGUGUUGGCACAUUUGUGUAUGCUGCACCAGAACAACUGAAGGGCUCCAAUUAUAAUUCAAAGUCUGACAUGUACAGCAUCGGAGUGCUGGCUCUCGAGCUAUUCCAGCCUUUUGGUACCGAAAUGGAGCGGGUCCGGACACUUGGGGACCUGAGGGAAGGGAAAAUCCCUGACUCGUUCUGCCACAGAUGGCCAGUUCUGACAAAAUACAUCAUGAAUCUCACAGAUAAAGAACCCAGUGUUCGUCCCAUAGCCAGCCAGCUUCUACAGAGUGAACUCUUCUGCAGUAAAGACAAGGUGAUCCACAGUUUGCAGAGGAGGGUUGAAGAGCAGGAAGAAGAGAUCAUGCAGCUGAGGAGACGGAUCACUCAGCUCCAGACUUCACAACUCACAGUUAAUUUCUCCGAGCUGGAAAACACCUGAGCCUUUGAGAAAAAAAAAAAAAAGUUGCUAGCUUAGUGCAAAUUAGUGUGUUUGUAUGUUUUAAUAUUUUAGUGUGUCUCAUGCAUCUGGAUUGCAAAUACUUUUCUUCAUUGAGCAGUUUAAUAAAAAUUAUUUCUAAUAUAUUCGGCAGAGUUUCUGCAAAGCACCGUGUCACUUAAAAUCAUUUGAGGUAUUUCUUUAAAAUCUAUGAUUUAUAUUAUGAGUUUGACAAGUCGAUGUUUAAGCAGAACUGAGCAGCAGAAUAGUUUAGUUUAUCCUGAGAGUUCAAGGUGUAGUCUUUACUGUUUGACACAAUAAGUCCUGUCAUUCUUUCUUUUUUCUGAAAACAUAGGCACUUAUCGUAUUUACAUGAUGAGGGGUUUCUAUAUUUCCUGCAUAUAUGUUUGAGAUUUGUUUAAAAUGAGAUACAGGGGGUGCGCUCUGUUAUGUUUCAAUAGCUUUCAAACGUUAAAAUGCUGGGAGCACCCAAUAAUAUAGGGAAAAUAGCAUUUCUACAUAGUUUUUGUUUUAGUAAAAUAAUUAAAUCUGGACCACUUCUAUAAUCACGAUAAAGCUAUAGAGCUCAUACUGUGGGGUGGUACACCAUGUACACAAAGUUUAGAGGUAUGUACAUGCGCCGGAUAUUCACUAGGAACGUUUGACGAUUUUAGGAACCUAUCAGAGGCCUUGUUUCAUCCCAGGUACCCGGAUGUACCCGUGGGGCAAUUAGCUACGUCAUUGUUCACCGCCGGACACCCGCUAGAAAUAAGGAAUGGAUUUACAACCUCUACUAACGCGAUCAUAACAGGUUACAGGUGAGUGUUGUAUUGCCUUUACGAUCAAGUGCCACUUUAACUGUGAGCCCGUAAUAUUUUGGUAGGCGUGAGCCGCUGAGAUUUGUUGUAGUAAGCUUACACCGGUUCUCUAUGUCGUGUCGGAGAGAGCAGCGCAGUGAUCAUACACAAGCGCCGGCGUCGAGCCCCUCCUUUCUCCUCUAGCUAGACGCCCCGUUGCCCAGUCCACACAUUUUUAAAUAAAAUAAAUGUCACCGCACAGCCAGGAAACUACCCGUCAGCUUGCUGGUCCAUAACUACGCUUCUCUGCGUCAUGUCAGCCAGCGUCCAUAGUCUUGUGCUAGCUAGCAAGUAGGCAAGCUAGCUAGCCGCACAAAAUGCUAGCACAGUUCGAUAGCUACGUUGCGUUCGGCGUUUCGAUGGUUUUUGCAUCUUCUUUAAGUGCGCGUCAUUACAUCUCGGAAUUCGACAAGACUGGUAAGCUCUCAACUUGCUCUCCGUCUGAUGUGCUCAGGUUUUUUUGUGUGUUUUCUUGAGGUUUUGCGACGCUGCGCGUUAAAGGCCUAGCAGCCGUCAUUUAGCCAAUGUGAGCCACUCUGUAAGAGCAGGUGGGAGGGAACAGCUGCUUCUGUUGUAAACGUGCUUCCGACUUGGAAAUUUCCUCGGUCGAGUGGGUUAUCUGGCAUUUCCCCUCUUGAGUUUUCUAAACACUAAUUUUUGUCGAUAUUUUAAGUUUGUUAGUUGGACAGAGUUAAAUUAGAUGUCGAAAGUUACUCUUGUCUCCUGGUGUUUGUUAUUUAAAAGGAAUCUGAUGAUUCAAGUAAAAGCAAAGGGUCAAAAACAAAUAUUUGGCGCUCACUUAUGCUAGUCUGUUUGUGAAUGUAAACAAAUCAUCCAAUCUAACACAAUUUCUGAUACUUGUUUGCUGAAAGUUUAGGCGAUGGUAUGAGGGCAGUGUUUAAUAUAGCCUUACUUAACUAUAAGCUAUAAGAGACUUAGAGCUUUUUAUUAUUAUUGUGCAGUUUCUUGCACAGCGAAAUUGGGUAUAAUCUGUUAAUGUGGCUUUUGUAUUUAGUAGUUGU